GAGCGAUCGGACUGCACCACUGCAUCACCUGGGGGAGCUCAGUGCCCACAAACGGCGCCGUUUUACAGCAAUACGCCGUCCGUUCUCCGCCACUCCCCGCCGGUUACCUGAUUAUUAUCCGGUUACAUUGAUUUCCCCCACACGGUCGCCGCUCAGUGGCCGGCAGUGUGUUGGGAUGCCCUGAGGGGAAGAGUGGGAUCACCCCCUUAUAAUAAUGGUAGCGCCCGAGCUCCUUCCUUUCCUUUCCGAGCUGAAGCCGAGCAGCCGCCAUGAGGUGAGCAGCCGGGGGGUCCGGGGAGAGAGCCCCCAAACCGGCCACGGGAGCCUCCAACGGGGACCCCAAUAACCCCAGAGAGGGGAGAGGGGGGAGGGGCGAGGGGAGAGACACGGGAACUGACUAUUAUUAUUAUUAAUGUUAUUAUUAUAAUCCGCCCAGUGAUAGAGAGAUAUACCGGCCUGCCAUCACACACACACACACACACACACUGUGUAUAUAUCUUAUUAUUAUUAUUAUUAUUAAUAUAUUACAGAACACUUCGAGAUAUAGAUAUUAUCCACUGAUUACAUAUAUUAUGAUAUUGUACAUAGCGAUGUAUAUAAUGUAUAGUAUAAUAAUAUAUGUAAUCAGUGGAUAAUAAUAUAAUGAUCUGUAUCCUGUAAUAAUAUAUAUUGAUAUGUCCAGUAUAAUAUGAUAUAUAAUGUGUGUGUGUGUGUGUGUGUAUAUUACACAAUCCAGCGCACUCACUUAUUCACUAAACAAUGAUUUCAAAUCUUAGAGAUUGUGAUAGUUUUAUUUAAAAACACCUCACCUUGGCAAAAAAAUAAUGUGGGUUUAGUGACAUUCUAUGAUCAUAUAUUGCAUAAACCUGCCACAACGUCAAUGUACCCCAUUCUUGGCAUAUACUAUAAAUAUAUGUAUGUGUAUGUAUGUAUAUAUAUAUAUAUAUCUCGAUGUGUCCAGUAAUAUGAUAUAUAUUUUUAAAUAUCAUCAUAUACUACUGGACACUUGACUAUAUAGCAUACUGAUUAUAUAUUGUGCUGGACUAGGGCCUGGCAUCUUAUUAACUAUUCUCUGCCAACUGUUCAAUAGAUCUCUCCCUAACAUGGUGUCCUUAUGUAGGAUACAUGUAUAAAGAUACAAUAAGGGAGCUAUCUACUAAACGGUGCCUCAAUGCAAUGUCUUCACACAUACUGUAAAGAUAUAGAAUUAGGGGAGCUAGCUACUAACCAGUGCGCUCACAUGGUGUCCUCAGAAAUGCUAAUCUAAAUGAAGUUAUUUCCUAAAUUUGAGCGUUCCAAAUUGCAUGGAAGAAUUGGGACCAUCACAUGAUUUUUAACUUUGUUUCGGCCGUCGUAUGAUUAUGUGGGCGAAUUGGCAAAUUUUUAUCUGAAUGCUCAAGCCUCAUGUAUAUGCCAGAUCUUGUGUUGCAUGCAGCUGCAUACUUUACAUGCUUUCAUUAGAACUUAGAAGUACAUUUUGAUUCCUUAAAGGACCACUAUAGUGCCAGGAAAACAUACUAGUUUUCCUGGGACUAUAGGGUCUCUAGGUCCCCCCUUCACGGUGGGCUCCAUGGUGUGGAAGGGGUUAAACACUUACCUUUUCUUCACUGCCGGGCUCCCUCGGCGGUGGGGACUCUCUGCCUCCUUUCCCCAUCAUCGGCUGAAUGUGCAUGCGCGGCAAGAGCCGCGUGCGAAUUCAGCCAGUCCAUAGGAAAGCCUUCUCAAUGCUUUUCUAUGGACGCUGGCUUCUUCUCAAUGUGAAAAUCAGUGAGAAGCGCCUCUAGCGGCUGUCAAUGAGACAGCCACUAGAGGCUGGAUUAACCCUAAAGUAAACAUAGCAGAAAGGAUUAAUCCUAGAUGGACCUGGCACCCAGACCACUUCAUUAAGCUGAAGUGGUCUGGGUGCCUAUAGUGGUCCUUUAAUUGUAUUGUAUCUACAUUGGUCUGGAGCAGUUAAUGGUGGAUUAAUUGGUCUCUUCCAUCAGUGAGAGCUGUUGCUUGAAGCUUCCAAUAGGUCUCCUAAGUUUCUAGCUGUCAAAGGCGCAAGUACUAGUGUUUGACAUCUUACCAAAGAUGCACCAAACUGUUGGCAAACAGUUUGACUACUUACAUUGAAAGCAGGGCCCCUUUCCACCAUAACCACUGCACUGUUUUCUUUAACCCCUUAAGGACACAUGAUAUGUCAUGAUUCCCUUUUAUUCCAGAAUUUCGGUCAUUAAGGGGUUAAGGUGAUGUGAUUUUUGUAACAAAUGUUGGUUGUCGUCUCUCAAAAACUGACUUUACUUGUAUUUUUGUAUUGGCCAAAUUGAUACACGAUUACAAUAUUGGAAUUGAUCGAGACUUGCAUUAUGGGUGUUUGCGAUGCAAAUGGUCGUAAUCUUUUCUGCGUAAAGUAUUUUUCAAUAUAAUGCUUUAGCUAGGAUCUAUAUGAUGGUUACAUUGUCCCAUAGUUAAAUUUUUGGUCUUUACGUUGCUUUUCAGUAGGUAGUGAGUAUGCCUUUCCCCCUGCAUUAGCAUGAAUGUAGUAUUGAUUAUAAUGUAGUAAGUUACAUUUUACAGUAUACAGAUGCCAGAAUUCAUUGUGGCCUAAAUUAUUUUGCUAUUCCGCAAUUACUGAAGUUAAUGUUCAGCUUCUUACUACUCAUUUUUGUCAGAAUAUUUAAAUUGCAUGUCAAAAAUCUUUCCAAGUAUUCUAAAACUGUUCUUUUAAUGCAUUAUCUUUCCAUUGUAUCUCCACAGCAUGCUCAGACUGCAGAAGAGGCUCGCCUCCAGCGUGCUGCGUUGCGGCAAGAAGAAAGUAUGGCUGGAUCCCAAUGAGACCAAUGAAAUUGCCAAUGCCAACUCUCGUAAGUGUCAAUCUUGCUUGUCUACAUGUUAGUUAGCCUUUAACAUGAGGUGCUAACCUUUUUUGUGACUUCCCUUAGGUCAGCAAAUCCGAAAGCUGGUUAAAGAUGGUCUGAUCAUCCGCAAGCCUGUGACUGUCCACUCUCGUGCUCGCUGUCGCAAGAACACCCUUGCACGUAGAAAGGGCAGACACAUGGGUGUCGGUAAGCAUGAGCACAAUUACCUUUUUGCAGUGUUUAAAUAAAUCACACAAACUAAAAUAACUGACCACAAAUCCAUUUAAGUCUUGCUUUAUUGGUAUCUAAUUCGCUUACUUAUGAAAAUAAACACUUGUGAUUUAUACACAACUAUAUUCUUGUUUACUUUAAAAUCCAAUAGUUACUAUUGAUGUAACAAAUAAUUAUACCACAGGAUACUGGUGUGCGAGACCAUAUCAUUAAAAUACAUUCUGUUGUAAUUGGUCUAUAUGGGGUAUUACAGUCUCUUGGUAAAAGUGGUUUGUUUUUGUUUAGGCUAGUUCAAUUUGGUUUUCUUGCCCUUCUGUAGAGAAGAUCUGAAUAGUUUUUGCCUGCUCUUGUGGUAUUGAAUACUCAUUCUACCUUCUAUAGGUAAGAGAAAGGGUACGGCCAAUGCCCGUAUGCCUGAGAAACUUUCCUGGAUGAGGAGAAUGAGAAUCUUGCGUCGUCUGCUCCGUCGUUACCGUGAAUCCAAGAAGAUUGACAGGCACAUGUAAGUAUUGCGACCCAGUUUAUAUUUGAAGGAACAUUAGUGAAUGGGUAGUGUGCCAGUUGUUUUAAGUUGAAGUAUCUCUGUAACUGGCUGUCUUUUCAUAUAGACCUUGUACACUGUUGGCUAUUUUAAUGAUUGCAUGCGUUGUAGAAACGUGUAUAAAGUGUUACUCUAAGAACCAUCAGAAUGUUUUUUUUUCUGCAGAGUUGGUCCAUAGAGUGAUCUUCUCCAACUCCCAUUUCCUGAAUAUAUUUCUUAUUUUGGGGUUCAUUAUUCCAAAAUGGAGGUUGAAUACCCACCAAUUUGUAUUGAUUCAUGCAGAAUUGGUUUGCAUACUGAAGACUUAAGAUUGAAUACUGCUUUCCUCUUCCUUCUUAAAGGUACCACAGUCUUUACCUGAAAGUGAAGGGUAACGUGUUUAAGAACAAACGUAUCCUCAUGGAGCACAUUCACAAACUGAAGGCAGACAAAGCUCGCAAGAAGCUGUUGGCGUGAGUAUUAAUGUCAAUUUACAGAUAUUACCCUGCAUCUGCUCCUCACUUUAUUGGAAGGUAGCAUGGCAAAGACUUAUUAAAGUAUCUGAUUCUGAAGUCCUUUCUUUGGGAAGACUUGUAACUUUAAACAAGGUUUUCUUGCAUGGGUUAAAGAUUUGAAUGGAGAUGAGUAACUUCAUCUGUGUCAUCAGAGACUGAGAAACAUAAAUUUGCCAAUUGUUUGGAAUUUCAACAUUUUGUUCUGUUCCAGUAGAAUGAUAAAAAUUGGACUAGCUUUGUUCUGCAUUGAUGCUGGCCUAGAUGAAGUUUGUUCAGUUUAACUUUACAUUUGCAAUCCUUAGCUUGAUACUCUCAUCCAGUGAGCUUUUCUUAGGAGGGCUGUAGUGCUAUUCUAUCUUUUGCUCUUGCGUUGGUAGUUGAGGUGGGGAGAAGACCCUAGGGCAAACUGUUCUAAAACGAUCUGACUAACAUUUGGGGGCCUCUAGGGCAUUCCUGGCAGCAUAACCACUGUGAGCUGUGGUAAAUAGGAUACUUGACGUUUUCCACUUGUUAGAUAAUGGAUAUAUUUAAAGAAGCUAUUAAAGGGUUAGUUACAUUGGACCCAUCUGUCUAUUGUAAGCAGUACUGUCUAACAGUGUGCUUGCUUAUUACGUGAAAAUGUGGGGCAGAUGAACCUGAAGUUUGAUGUUUAGUGUUAAUUUUACACUUCUCUUCUUUGCAGUGAUCAGGCUGAGGCACGCAGGUCCAAGACAAAGGAGGCAAGGAAGCGUCGUGAAGAAAGACUUCAGGCCAAGAAAGAGGAGAUUAUUAAAACUUUAUCAAAGGAAGAGGAGUCCAGCAAGAAAUAAUUCACCCUGCUGUGUGUGUAUAUAUACAGUGCCUCCCUGUGUAAACUUAAUAAAAGUCCUUGAUCCAAUCAGUCUGCCUGUUCUGUUUAUGCUUCAACAUUCCUUAAAGACCCAAUACAUGCCAAG